GGCAGUUAUGGGAGGGGGGAUGAUAACUUCGACGACAAGCCAAUAACGAUUGAAUAGAAGAAAUCUCCUGAAGAACCAUCGUCCCAUGAGGAGGGGAAAUAAACCAAUUGAAUCUGGUGAGAAAUCAUCAGCAGCAUCAGGCAAGAAGAGGAAAUCGUUUUCACCAUCAUCUACUAUUAUUGAAUCAGUGGAAAAAUCAUCGCUGCCACCAGACAAGGCAGAGAAGGAGGAGGAGCGUAUAUGGAUGCCUCGGCCUACCAAAUUUGAGGAGGGUCUCAAAGAAAAGUACUUCGCCGAGAUUCACAACACUCGGGGUUUCGAGGUGAUUUGUUGUCCGGCCACUUACCUUCUUAAGAGAGGCUUCGUUCCUUGGUCUUUUAUAGAGAAAAUGCCCACAUCAAUCCCCGACCAAAUCGUUGAAUGGUCUGUUGAAUGCCUUUCCAUAUUCAACAAAACUCAUAAUAAGUAG